UUUAUAUAAUAUGUACUCUGACUGAAUGAUCUACCUUCUUUUGCUUUCUAAUAAAAGUUAAUCCUCCACUUGCCAAAGAAUGCCGACAAGCACCAGAGUCCCCAAAUGCACCAUUAAGAUAUCUAAAUGGCGCCCUCUAGCGACAACAUGCAUCUAGAUACUUAAGGAGGAAAAUGGCAAAUAUCUUCACAUAAUUCACGAUGAUUAUUAAAAAGAAAUUACACACUAAAUUAAGAAAUCCCAUUCAUUUAAAGUUAUGCAAGUUAGCUGGAUAGUGCUUUUAAUUCGACCUAAAUAAAUAUUUAAGAAAGUAGUCAGUUAGCAUCAAGAAUUAUUAUAUUUUAUGUCCACAGUGAAAUUAAAAGUGUCAAACGUCUUUAGAAAUUCAACAUGGAGUGUCAGAUUUCAUUACUGCAGAUGGGCUGACGUCUAUCUUUUUUUUAACUGCAUUUGUCAUCAUCAGCACCAGAGCAACCAGUGCUGGCACUCUCAUAAAGGAAACUCCAAUAAACCACUGACGGUGUUUGAUUGUUACUGAGCCGUCCAGGCAAAAAGCUUUCUACGAGCAGCGAGUCUGCAUCUCUCUGGCUUCCUAUGUAAGAAUGGAGCUGUCCUGUGAGUCAGGGAGAUUUCCUGAAAACAGGAGACCCAUCAGCUGCAAGUUUGUGGAGCUUCAUGUGCUGUUUGUGCCAGAUGACCAGUGGAACGUGAAGCUCAACAAAGUCCCUGCUGAAGCCAUAGAGCACUUUAUAUCUGCAGGCUUCAUCAGGGUCUAUCCAGACGUCACUCUGAAAACCCUGAGGAACGAGAUGGCCGCUCUCCUUGGCCCCGAGAGGAGGAUCAACACAUUCUCCUUUCUCAGAUGCGUGGGCCGCAGUCUGGCGCUGGUCAAAAGCAAACAGGAGCGGGAUCUCAAAGUGAAAACCUUUGCUCCACCCUAUGCGUCCCAGCCGGAGCUUUACCUACUGCCCACCGGGCAGAUCGACAGCAGUGUUUGCUCCCAGUCUCUCACCCCGGACACGGGCAGCAGCUCCCCAGACCAGCACAUCUAUUACCAUCAGCCCAAGACGUGCAGACUACCAACGGGGACAAAGGAGGCUGUAAAGUUCCCACUCAUCCCCCAGUGUUCCCAUCAGCCACCGCCCACCCCCAGCCUGGAAGAGGAAGAGGAGGAGGAUGAAGAUGAAGACAGUGGAGAAGAGGAGGAGCAGAGUCUUAGUUGCUCCGUGGCAGAAAGAGAACAUGAGGAGGAGGGUCUCUCCUCCAGAAGGCCUGAGUGGGCUGAGCAGGAGAGUCGAGGGUCACCACGGUUUGUUUCACCCACUAAAGCGUCACAACAUCAAGACGGUGAUUUGUUCCUGGUGAAGGAUUUGCCUGCCAAGAAGGAAAGCUACAGGAAGAAGCAUCAGCACCACAGAAGAAGCAGAGCAGCCCGAGAUUCAGGAGUAGCGGAGUCCGCGGAAGACGGGGAUUCGGGUUUCUCCCUCAUAGACGGGCUCAGGAAGUCCAUCAAGUCCACGAAGACCAAAGCGGCUGUUUUGUCUCGACCCGUUCGCUGCACCUCUCCACCUCCAGGCCUGGACUCGGCCUCCGACUCCCAGAAUCCUGAUGCUUCUCGAGGCUUUCAGACAAGCAGAAACAAAGUCAUAGAGGAAAUCAAGCUGGUGAGGGAAGAAAGAAAGCAGCUGGAAUGGACGAGACAAGAGUUGCUGCGGAAGGGGAAGGACUUGUUGGCUCUGAACAGACACCGUAGGAACCAAGCACGCGACACCUGGAAAAAGAGAUAUUUUGAGACCAAGAAGGCCACAGCUCCUCUGGAGGACAAGCUGAGGAACGUACGACAGGAGUUGGAGACAUUUUACAACAAGCUGCUGCACCAGCUCCAGGCUAGAGACAACAGAGGGAAGCCAAAGCGGCAGGGACGGACCUCCAUCAAGAAUGGGCUCAUCAUUCAGAUCAUGACAGAGAGCCAUGAGAUCGACAACCUCAGGCGGAAGGUGGAGGACGCCAAGAUGAAGCUGGUGGCAGAGAUGAAGUUGAGGAAACAGGCUGCUACGGAGCUGAAGGCGCUCAAGGCUGAGCUGGCCCAGAAGAAGAGUCAGUCAUCUCGUCCUGGGCUCGCGGCUUCUCUCGGCUCAAGGAACAGGCUGCAGGCUCAAACUACAGCUCAUCCAGCGUGUCCAGAGCUGCGCACGUGAUUUCUGAAUAGAUGGAUUUAGUCCCAGGAGAGAAAGUGCUGUGACUUCCUUAAUUGAUUAUUAACUGUUAUAUUAACUUCAGUGAUUAAGUGUUUUAACUGAAUAUUUUUUUUAUUAAUGGACAAUAUUAAAGUGCACAGAUGUUAACAAGCUGAACAGGU